AUGGCGGACCGCUGCGCCGUACUGGAGGGUCCCCUGGACAGCGAUCCCACCGAGGACCAAGUGAGAGCCGUUUUCCGGCGUUGCAGAGGACGACCGAGGCUCACGGACUCCGACCGAGCCCAGAGACGACUCGAGUCCAGGAAGAAGUACGACGUGAGGCGGGUCUACUUGGGAGAAUCGCACAAGCUUUGGAGUGAGCUCCGCAGGCGAACGACUUUGAGUGAUGCCGGGCUAGCGGAGUACUUAAUCCUGCUGAAUUCUACCUACGGGGAGAAAUACCAGCAAAAGCAUUGCGGAAAGAAGACUGCACCAGAAGUUUCAGUGAAACAGAAAAAAGGGAGAAAGGGACACGUGUCCAGCCUCCGGAGUCUGGUGUCUUGGUACCAGGAGCACUCCCGCACUUGCUCUCAUGAACCUGAACUUCAAGCACAUGAGCUCCAACCUGGCUUUUGCACUGCUGCUAUUUGGGAGUGUGAUGCCAACCAUUCAUUUGUGCAAUACCUCUUCUCACCAGUUAGGGAGGCUAAUGAUUCAGAACCCGAGGGACGGCUAAAUGGAGAGGGUGAAGGAGAAAGAGCAACAAGGACAGACACGCCAGUGACUAAAAGCACUGUGACCAGAAAGAGAAGAAAGGAGACAAAUGCACAAAGAAGACAUGUCAAAGACGUGCGAGAAGAUCUGGAUGUUUGUGGGGUACAAGAUACAACUGUCAGCUCAAUGGAACAGGCCACAGCGCUCAACCACCUGUCUAGUGCAGAGGUUUCCGCUAGGAACGUUCCAUUGACAGAGCAUCCUGACUGGGAGAUGGUAAUGGAGAAAGAGCAAUGCUCUUCUGAGGCAGAUGGUAUCAAGGAAGCACUUCACUCAGUAGGAGAGGCCACCAUCAGCUCAGAGGAGGAAGCUGAGGAUUUGAGUAGAGACAACGAUGGAGAGGGAGAAAGAAAGGAAAGACUGGGAGAUGAAGGGACAAGGACAACAACGGACAGUUAUGAGUGUGUGGUGGUGACCGCAUCCUUACCCAAUAAGCUGGAGAAGACAGAUGAGGACCCUGCACUGUCCCAGACCUUGAAUGAAUCUGUCAGGCUGGGCUCUCGGCCUGAUCUGUCUGCUCCACCAUCCAUGCAUGUGCAAGAGCAGAGAGAGCUCUUCCACUCUCAGACUCUGCAGACAGUGGUGACCAGCUGUGACAUUCCAGACCAGAGGGCAACUCUGGAAGGCUCACAGCUAAUUAUCAUCACCGGCCCCAGCUACGAGGCUCUGACAUCGGAAGGCAUCCAGCUUAACAUGGGAGGCGGUGACAUGGAGGAAGUCACCUGCACUGUCAUUGAGGGUGUAACCUACAACCAAGUUUGCCAGUCAGACACAGACCUCCACACAGUGGAGGAAGAGGCCUCCAUCACAGAGUUGAGUGAGAAACAGUUGCUGCAGCCUACUGGCGAGCCGCUGUCACCUGGAAGUGAGAGCGAGCUGCAGAGGAGCCUGAACAGUGUCAGAUCAAAAAGAAACAGGCGAGGUCCUGUCAUCGAGGCAGAUGGCAUGCUGAAGAUGUUCCACUGUCCGUAUGAGGGCUGCAGUCAAGUCUACGUGGCUAUCAGUAGCUUUCAGAAUCAUGUGAAUUUAGUCCAUAGGAAAGGGCGAACUAAGGUUUGUCCCCAUCCAGGCUGCGGAAAAAAGUUUUAUCUGUCAAACCACCUACAUCGUCAUAUGAUCAUCCAUUCAGGGGUCCGAGAUUUCAUCUGUGAGACGUGUGGAAAGUCAUUCAAACGGAAAAAUCACCUGGAGGUUCACAGGAGAACUCACACAGGAGAAACACCGCUACAAUGUGAGAUCUGCGGCUACCAGUGUCGCCAGCGGGCGUCCCUGAACUGGCACAUGAAGAAGCACACCCCAGAGGCCCAGUACAACUUCACCUGUGAGCACUGUGGCAAGAAGUUUGAGAAGUUGGACAGCGUCAAAUUCCAUAAGCUAAAGAGUCAUCCGGACAAGCAGGCAAUCUGAGCGAGGUGCAGCACUACUGGCUAGGAACUUCCUUUGGA